GGCGCGUGUGGAUCAAACUAAUAAACACAAUCUCAGCUCACAAAAUGUGGUUACUUCUUUUAGUCUGCGGCAUGUCGCUUGCCUACGCCUCGCACUCCGCUGAGGGACACUAUGAGGGCGGGAGUGGAGGAGGUGGUACGGGUAUCGGCAGUGGCACGAGUAUCGGAGACUAUCACCACCAACAUACUCCCACCACGUACUCGGAGACCUCGAAGCAUGUACCAGUCCAUGUCAUUGAAAAGGUGCCAUUGCCCAUACCACAUCCGGUGGCUAUACAGGUGCCGAAUGUUAUACGUCUGCAAAUCCCAGAACCCUACGCUGUCCAUGUGCCGGUGCAGCAGGAAAUUCAAGUUCCAGUUUACAAAAUAGUUCCCGAAAUAACUGAACGUAAAAUUCCGUACACUGUGGAGAAACCCUAUCCCGUUGAAGUCGAAAAGCCUUACCCCGUCGAAGUGAUCAAGCACAUCAAAAUUCCAGUGCCCAAACCAUAUCCUGUGCCCUAUACCAUUUACAAGCAUGUCCUGCACAAGGAACACGGCUGGUAAAGCCUUCACCAGGUGUUUAACUUAGUUCUAGAACUUAUGGCAAGCUAAUUUUUUGAGCCAGUAUUA